GACAUUAAUCACCUCACGCCUUCGCGACUGCAUUGACGUCAACACAACCGAUGGCAGCGAAUGUCUGAUGAUGUCGCCUGUGUGUUAUAUUCAUUGAACAGCAAACCGACAACCUUUCCACACUACUUGACGUAAAGAUUGAAAGAAAGUGUCAGGGUGACAAUGGCAGGGACAAUGGCAAGUUCUAGGCCUGUGACUAAUCCAAGCGUUAAAAUCAUACAACAUCUAAUGUUGCGGGGAAUGCUUCUUUUCAUCAUUGGAGUUUUCUUUUCAUUGAUGCUAAAUCUUCUACAAGUUCAGCGAAAGAUUACUCUGUUCCCACCAGAGGUGCUAGACAGUGUCACAUGCAGUGCGUGGUGGGUUGCACCAUGCUGUGGGGCGGCCGCUGCGAUUAUCGGCCUCAUGUACCCGUGUCUGGAUGACAAGCUGGGAGAGCCGCACCGCUUUCAGCGGGAAUGGUCGAGUGUGAUGCGAUGUGUCGCCGUAUUCGUCGGCAUCAACCACGCCAGCGCUAAAAUUGACUUUGCCAAUAACGUCCAGCUGUCUCUAACGCUUGCCGCGCUGUCUCUCGGCUUGUGGUGGGUCUUCGACCGGUCAAGAAGUGGAUUCGGCCUCGGUCUGGGUAUAGCGGUCCUGGCGACAUUCGUAAUACAGGUUCUUGUCUACAACGGUGUUUACAAGUACACCGAGCCUGACUUCUUGUACAUACGGUCAUGGCUACCUUCCAUAUUUUUCUCAGGAGGCGUGACUAUAGGAAAUAUAGGACGACAACUGGCAACAUACGACUCUGAAUACAUGGCUCUUCGAAAAGGCAAAGUCGAUUGAGGAUGCGAAAAACCGAUUGGCUACCUUGUGCAUCCAGCUGACUGUUGAAGACCUGCCUCAGUUUUAUGGGGCUGCAAACGCAAGUCCAGUAGAAUCUCAACUCUGGGCCGAUUGCAGUCAGCUUUUCCGGGCAAGUCUCGGGAGUGUGCGAAGAUCUGUAUUUAUAUUUUAUUAUUGUUAUGAUGAUUGGCCUUGCUGCCCAAAUGAUGGCAGUUCCAAUGGGAAUGUGCAGAUGGUGUUUGUAUAAUUUGAAUAUUUAUAUUAACAGAAAUUCUGUUUAGCGUGGGAAAAUGGUGGACUUCAUUAGGCUAGAGGUCACAGCAUCUGCGAGCGUAAGUGGAAACAAGUGGUGCGUUAAGUUGUAUUGAUUAGCUCUCUUUAUUAAGAACAUUUCCAAAGAAAAUCUUGUUCAGUGAUUGGUUGUGGUAGUCGAAGCCAGCCUAGCUGCUAUUGUUUGUGCUGGUAGUCAGGGUGUCUGUGUCAAGUGUUUGAGGAACUAUUACAAGGGAAAUGAAAGGUUUCAUCACUAAUUGUACAGUCUACACAGGACAGGAUGAUCAGCUCCUCUGUGGGGUCACACUCUUGCACCCCGUUGUUAGAGGCAGGGUCUAGUACAGUGACAUAUUUGUCCAAUGGUCGCGUAGCAGCACAUGGUAGCAGUGAUGCCCCGUAAAACUGGAAAUUCGUCCAUUUUGGUUUUUGGUUUUUCAAAUCGGUUGAGGCCAUUUAUGUUAGAAACUUGUUUUACUGAAGCUCAGUUUCAUCUAUUUUAAUUUGGACAUAGCUUUCAAUUAUAUUACCGUGUAGGUGUAUCACUUGCUCAAAUGGAAAGUAGAAACGUAGAAUAGUUGUUUUUACCACUGGAAGGCUAAGGCCACGUAACAGUUCAUUAGUAUAUUUAUAAGUAGUUUUGCAUAUACCACAUCUAUUCGAAUAUCCCGUUUCUCGACAUCAAAAUGUAAUACCAGAAGUGAAGUGGGCAUUAUUUCAGAUAUUGCCAUGGACUAUUUUUUACGAAAUUUUGGUAUUAUUAAUCGGCAUCUUAGCGAUGCACGGAAAUCACCAGAACGUAAUACUUGUCUCCUUAAACUGGUCAGAAGCUUCAAUCGACGUCCUCUGUUGUGGUUUCGGACCGGUUUCUUCAGGGGCGUGUUACCCCCUUACAGCUCUUCAUCGCGUGGUAUCAGGAAAGCAACCUGGGCAAUAAAAGCUUGGGAAUCUACAGUAGGUGUCCUUUGAUACCUUAAGAGCCUCACGUGCAAUUUCGAAGGCAGCAUUCGGGAGAUAGAUUUAUGCAAAUCGUUAUAUCUGUUUUAGCAAUUUACCAUGGACAAACUCUGGCUGAAACAAGUAGUGCUUUCAUAAUAGAUUUUAUACUUUGAAAUUACUGAUGCAUUACUGGUCUUACGUAAUGUCACCUGUUACAUGAAGGUUGUGUCAACUUUUUUUUUAAAUUUUUUGCAGGAAUUUACUAUGAACAUAUGUAUACAGUUGAAACUCCUUAAUCUGUCACCCUUGGGAUUAGUAGUGUGUGGAUUAGAAGUGCAGUAUUAAAGAAAAUACCAGACCUCGAAA